AUGCUGAAAUUUUGCUCCCCGAGUCAGCGAAGGCGUAACACCAUGGUAAAUCCGGGCUCGAAAGCUGCUCAACAAGGAGUCAGAGAAGGAGACCUCAUUAGCAGCAUCAACGGGAGAAACACUUCCGAGCUGACCAACGGAGAAGCUCACACUCUACUGAGGAAUGCCGGUGACCAGCUCAAACUAGGACUCAAUCAAAACAACCAAAACAACGACGACCACCACCAAAACACUGGGAACCCGGAUCUUUACCGACACAAAGCUAAACGGAACGGGAACUGGAACUGGAACUGCCAGCGACCCUCGAGAACUUUCUUAAGAGGAGUUUACGCGAACCAAUAUAACCCCGGUUUUCCGGCUUACGUCUUGUGUCUUACUCAAAGCAAAGAGCCUCUCUUUCUUCCCAAAGACUUAUCCGCUUACGCUGCUCGUGAGGUUACCGUUAUGUACUACUUAAAACGAAUUUCUGUCGCCGCAACGUAA